AAUUCUAUUUAAUUAGCUCUGCCUCCGGGUUCUUUUUGUAAGGGGUGCAAGGUAGAUUCUCGUGUCGAGUUCUGCUCAUGAUGAUGGAAUGGUAGGUGGGAGACAUCGUCACAUUGCUGGAUCGAAAUGACAUGACCUCCCUUAGCUUUUCUUUUUUCCAUUUGCUAGGAUACUCGCAUUCAUUCCAUCCUUCUCUUUGUUUGUGUUGCAUCGCCCCUUUCCAUUUUGUUGCUCAGAUCCCCCCUCCCUCUAAUCCAUUCAAUGGUGCUCACAUUAGCAUGCUUGAUUAACUAAGCACUCAAUUUGCUAUCUAAAUUUAGCAGAAGGAGCUUAGCUUGGAGUAUACACGAACAAAAGGCUCCGCCUUCUUUUUCUGAUGAUGCUAGGAGUAUAUGAUAUAUAUAUUUCCAAAAGGGUCGUACCUUUCUCUGUCACACCAUCAAGUACAUUUUGGCACGUAAAAGCCUAAUCUUUUCGCAGAUUUUGUCUGAAUUCCAGGUCUUAUUUUUAUUUCUAAAAAGGAUGGGGGCUCUGUUGCCAACUUGCCAUUCUAUUGAUACAGAUCGAUUAGGACAAGCCAAGUUUAUCAGUCAGUCGUUGUCUUGUUACUGUGCGCACUUUUUUAACCCAAACAUGUUGUAUGAUAGGAUUCAUCCAAAUGGAUGCGCACAUGACAGGUGCUAUGUGAUAAGUUUAAUAUCUUUAAUGUGAUUACAAUAUAGGAUAUGCUCUGGGGAUGUUUUUGGAAUUUGCAUUAUUCAUUUGUACUGCUCCGGGCGUUGCUUUUCCACGAUGCUUUUACUAGCUAUUGAACUCCCAGUGUUGGUACAAUCACUGGGUCUUUUCAAGGUCUUUGGGGGUCCCAAGAAUUAAAGCAUGUACAGUCCAUCCAAGUGGCCGCAUAUAGAGAUAGGGAAUAAAAUGGAGGACAUAUGGUCUGUCUCAGAUUGAAUCAGGGGGGUCUUGAGGAUUUUCAGGAACUGAGUAGGUUGUUUGUAUCAGGGGGAUCUUGUGGAUAUUGAGGAACUGUGUAGGUUGUUUGGUUGAGGUAGAUUGCAGAUUGGAUUUGUUUUGGUUUCUUGAGAUCCUUGUUUGCCCCUUCAUUUUUCUUUCGAUUUUCAUUUUGUCACCCCCAACCAAAGAUUGAAGUUGAAGGGGUAGGUGUCCGAUUUUUUUCUUUUCCUGGGGAAUACCAUUCCUUGUUCCUUAAAUCAGCUUCCAUAUCCUCUUUGCGGUUUCUUAAUAGAAGGUUUUGAGCUUUUCUAUAAGAUAUUAUGGAUGCUGGUCUGUGACUGUGUAUUUUUAUGCUUUUCCUAGGUUUGAAUGCCUGAUGCAUAAUAUUGCAUAAGGCCAAGGGAAGUUCUACACAUUUUUCAUGCGCAAGGCUGCCUAGUUACAAACAUAUGGGAGCUGAUAAGUUACUAUGUUUCUAGGUGUCAGCAUUUCGGGAAAAGUGAUGUUUCAAUUUCAACUGCAAGGCUUAGAGAUCGAAUGCAUCAGGAGGGUUUGAAUGAGAGUCUUAUACAGGACUGUGAACAAAUUGUGCUUUCCGAGUUCUCAAGCUACCGGAAGCAACUGAAGUGUCGUUACGAGGAUUACUUAAGCUUGUUUGGGUCCUGCAGACAUAAUUUUGAGGAAGGUAAAGAUGGAAGUAUAACACAGGGGACAUUGACACGAAAUGACUUCUCUAGUUCUAGGCAUGGAAAUUUUAGCGAAUAUAGCACAACAGAAUCUGAUGAGCAUGAGUUUGAGAAACACGAUGGAGGCGAAUUGAUUUGUGAAGAUGAAUCUGCAUUCUUUGAUUCUAUAGAUUACUUCACAGAGUCAGACAACAGGUCUUCAACCAUGUUAAGUGGCAAGGAAGUAGUGGAUUCCCAAACACAUGAUUCCAGUAAUAAUAUACAAGCACAAAUCAGACGACGGAGUAGGCUGCCUGACCCUAUUGAGAAAGAGAAAGGGAUCAGUCUCUGGUCCAUUAUUAAAGAUAGCGUUGGAAAGGAUUUGACACGAGUUUGUCUUCCAGUUUACUUCAAUGAACCACUCUCAUCCCUUCAGAAGUGCUUUGAGGAUUUGGAGUAUUCAUACCUCUUGGAUCAGGCAUAUCAACAUGGAAAAGUGGGGGACAGCCUCAUGAGAAUCCUCAAAGUAGCUGCUUUUGCGGCCUCUGGCUAUGCUUCAUCUGUUGCAAGGCCUUGCAAACCAUUCAAUCCAUUGCUAGGAGAGACCUAUGAAGCUGAUUACCCUGACAGAGGAAUUCGUUUUUUUGCAGAAAAGGUUAGUCAUCAUCCAAUGCUGAUUGCCUGCCACUGUGAAGGCAAGGGCUGGAAAUUCUGGGGCGACAGCAAUCUCAAAUCCAAGUUUUGGGGACAGUCAAUUCAAGUUGAACCAGUUGGCAUUUUGACUCUAGAAUUUGAGGAUGGUGAAAUCUUCCAAUGGAAUAAGGUUACAACAACCAUUCACAAUCUCAUUCUUGGGAAGUUGUACUGCAGCCACCAUGGAACAAUGCAUAUAAAAGGGAAUCGCCAAUAUUCAUGUAAACUGAAGUUCAAAGAGCCAUCACUUCUUGACCGGAAUCCCCAUCUAGUACAAGGCUUUGUAGAGGACAACAAUGGGAACAAAGCUUCGUUUUUGAUAGGGAUGUGGGACGAAAGCAUAUAUUGUAGUAACUCUGAUACUUCCAAGGUGAAGAGCGCCGAUCAACUGAAAGGUGCCUCGCUGCUGUGGGAAAAGAACAAACCUGCUCCUAACCCAACUCGAUACAAUUUAUCUUCAUUCGCGAUCACACUGAAUGAGUUGACCCCAGGGCUGCAGGAGAAACUUCCACCUACUGAUUCACGGCUGAGACCAGACCAGCGCCACCUAGAGAAUGGUGAAUACGAGAAAGCGAAUGCAGAGAAGCUGAGGUUGGAACGACGGCAAAGAAUGUCUACUAAACUUCAAGACAAUGGCUGGAAAUCCCGGUGGUUCGAGCAAGACACCGAGGACGGGACGUAUUGCUACAAAGGUGGAUACUGGGAAACAAGAGAGAGGGGCUUCUGGGAUGGGUGCCUCGACAUUUUUGGGGAGUUCGUGGAGACAUAAGUGCCCUGUUCCUGCAGUAGCAGAGGUUCAAGCAGCCAACACGCCACCCAGAAACAAUGGAGUACUGCCAUCUCCAAUGGAGCAUCCUCUUGCCUCUAGAAGAGAAGGGGGAGGAGCCCUGUGCGAGGAGUAGAGCAUUCGAGAUGUGAAGGCAUUGUGCCUUGAAUGGUAGCAUAGCAUAUGAUUGGCCACGAAUAGGCAUUGCCACCUUGUUAGUAUAGUAUAGUUCGAUCCAAUGCAAAUAAGAAUGCUGACAUUCAUUCUUUGGUUCCUUCUUGCGUUGAACAUGGAUCUGUUGUCGUGGAAGAAAUUUGCUUGCUCGGCUAGGCAAAAGUCUGCCUACACUGUAUUUGUUUGCCGAUCGAAAACCAAAGCAAGUCACCAUCUAUAACUCUUCACUUCCAU